UGUUAUUCAUUUGCUCUCUUUCUCACAUCUUCACAUCUCUCAACCAUUCCAUCCAUGCUCUCUUCCAAACACUGACACUUGUCUUCGUCUUCAGUAGCCACAACCCACAAGAGAGAGAGAGAGAGAGAGAGAGAGAGAGAGAGACAGAGAGCCAUGUACGCAGAGCCAGGGCUGGUGCUGUCGUUUUCUCAAGAAUCAGCAUACGUUGGCGUGGAUCACCACCAUCUCCAUCUCCAUCUCAACGCCGAGGAGCUGCACCGACGUUUCCUCAGUGAUUUAUCAACUGUUGCUGCUCCUGCUCCAUAUAUGGGAAAUCUAGGCCAAGCUACUGUGUCAGAGUAUGAUCUUGGAGGAGAAGGAGAUCUGUUCAAGGCUCCAGAACCAAUUAUUGAGGACCAAGUUCUUUCACUUGAUCCCCUGACAGCUGCAAUUUCUAUUAUUGCUGGAAAUGAAGAUGUCAUCACCACAGAAACCAUAGAAAGUGCAGAGAUGCACUCCAUGCAACAAGGAGAUCUACUUAGUGAUGUCUUCUAUGGUUGCAAGGACUUCCUGGCAAAGGCUGCAAUUGAAAAUUUUGUUUCUGAGGUGCCUAACUUUGCCAUGCCCUCUUUGCCAAGUGAGAAAACACAGGUUUUUGGUGGAGAUGGUGCACCUCAGGAGAUACCACUGCAGAAAAGUGUUAGUUCUGGAUCUCUUAUUAGCUCAGGGGAGAGGAUCAAUAGUUGUCAUAUCCGACCAAAUUUUCUUGAUUUUCAAGAAUUAGAUCUUGGAGUUGCGUUGAGAAGAGCAUACAGUGAAGGAGACAUUCAGACUCUUGGAAACAAGAGGCUCAGUUCUGGUGCAACAAGUAUUGUCCAUUAUUCAUUAACCAUAGGCGAUGCCAACUUAAAUGACAAGAUUGAAGAACGAAGGCAGAAAAUAUCCAGAUAUAGGAAGAAGAAGAGCAAGAGAAACUUUGGCAGGAAAAUCAAGUAUGCUUGCAGAAAGGCUUUAGCUGACAGUCAACCUCGGGUGCGCGGACGAUUUGCAAAGACAGAUGAAUGUGAUGCCCCAAAGCCACACAAAUAAAGGAGUGCAACAGUACAUAAAAGUGAGGACCUAGUCAGUGAUUUGCUGCAUUUCCAGCAUUCCGCUGGUGAUCUUCCACUUCCAGUCAAUGUAAAACUUGAGAGGGUAUGUAUGCGAUCUCGCUGUUGUAAAAAUAACUCGAAUAAAAUGAAAUCAGGAAAUACAUGGCUGGCCCUGUAUUUCUUUCUCUCAAUUUUGCAUCAAACUCAAACAAUACUGCAGUUUGCUUAUUGGAUGAUUACAUAUAUGGUAUGAUGCAUAAUGCAUCUGGCAUUAGAUCAAGAGGUUGAGAUUGUGAUUUGGAUGUAAGUGAAAUGUUUGUAAUAAUUGGGUGUCCAGGUAUAUAUGAUUUCAAGUGUAAAAUA